AUGGAGUAUUGCAGUUCUCAGUCAGCUGACAGCCCCUUUUGUUGCAAGGACAGCUGGCAUCUCGCCCUAUGUGGUAGUCGAAACCUCGCCCCCUCUGAAGCAGGGUAUGCCCCUGUAGAAAAAGAAACCCUUGCAGUCACUUGGUGCUUGCAGAAGGCCAGGUUGUUCCAACUUGGGUGCCCUAAUCUCACCAUCCAAACUGAAGGAGAAGACACUCCAGUUCAAGUUUCACAUCAAAUACACUGCAGCGGAUUUCCUCUCAAGGUACCCUGCCAUGAGAUCACUCACGAAGCUUCUGGCGUGGCUUUGGAGGACUACAUUCAAGUCUCAGUAGCAUGUGCAAUCGUGGCCACCUUGGAACUGGACAUCAUUGUGUUGGAUGAAGACUCCAUCAGGAGCGCCGCAUCUCAUGACUCAGUGUAUCAGCUCUUGCUAGCUAGGGUCGCAGUAGGCGAUUGGCACCAACAGAAGUCACAAGAAGUCUCCUGGCUGCAUCCCUUCUUCAGUGUUUGGGUUCGGCUAGACGUCAACCAGGACCUUGUGACAUAUUCGGUGGAUCAAGGAUACAUACAUUUGGUUAUCUCUGAAGAUUUACAUCAUCAGGUAGCCGCUAACCUACAAAUGGGACACCAAGGCCUCAACUCUUUUCUGAGAAGGGCUAGGCAGUCAGUAUACUGGACGGGGAUAGAAGGAGACCUUCAGCACCACUGUGCCCAAUGCAUUUCUUGUGAUGAACAUGCCCUGUCACUGCCCCCCGAAGAAAUGGUGCACAUGCCCCAGCAGAAGACCUCUCUCAGUAGGUCGUUGCAGAUAUGUUCUAAAUAG